UUUGCGACAUCGAUGAGGAGAGAACAGCUGCUGCUGCAUAUGACAGCUGUCGCAGACAAAGUCAUAUCUAACAACGUUUGUUUUAAUCACAAAACCUGGAAUAUGUAACAUGUGAUAUUUGUGAUAAACUUCUCUUGAAGUAUCAAACGUUUUUAAACGAAUGCUUCUUUGAGGAAAGAUCAGACAAUGUUCUCCGCUAUUAAAAGACUAGCUGGUAAGUCCGAUGGCACUGGAAAUGUGUCUCCUCGGCCAACCCAUCAAUCUAUGCCAACAAAUUUGCAGAGAAAGUUUGCUAAGGGUGUACAAUAUAACAUGAAAAUAAUAAUCAAGGGAGACAGAAAUGUAGGAAAGACAUGUUUAUUCCAUAGACUGCAAGGACAAAAGUUUAUCGAAGAGUAUAUACCCACAGAAGAGAUACAGGUGGCUAGUAUACAGUGGAAUUACAAGGCCACUGACGAUGUAGUCAAAGUGGAAGUAUGGGAUGUCGUAGAUCGCGGUAGACGUCGUCGGAAAUUAGAAGGUCUCAAAAUGGACAACGCUCCGACUAACCCGGAGAAUGUUAUUGAGGAACCUGCUUUGGAUGCUGAAUUUCUCGAUGUCUAUAAAGGUACCAAUGGCGUCAUCAUUGUGAUGGAUAUUACGAAAAGUUGGACGUUUGAUUAUGUUCAACGAGAACUGCCUAAGAUACCUAGCCACAUACCCGUUAUUGUUCUUGGAAAUCACUGCGACAUGUCACAUCACAGAACCGUUACUGCGGACCAUGUGACAUACUUUAUAGACUCGCUACAUGGGAGAACAGCACAAGUGAGAUACGCCGAGUCGUCGAUGAGAAACGGCUUUGGCCUAAAAUUGCUGCACAAAUUUUUCAAUCUGCCAUUCCUGCAACUGCAACGCGAGACACUGCUGAAACAACUUGAAACCAAUGAGGAAGAGACGCGCCUGACCGUCCAGGAACUCGAUCUUUUCCAGGACAGUGACGAUGCUGACUACAACAAAUUCUUAGACAACCUCGUGAAUCGAAGAAGAGCUAUUGCCGAUUCGGUAUCCGCUAGUAAUCUAGUCACGAAUGUUCCGUCAUCUAUGAGUAAUUACCACCUUGCAUCUCCGAACAUGAAUGUUGCCGGAGAGAUCAGAAGAUCGGUCUCAAUGUCUGGACCGAUCGGCGGCGGAACUCCAAUACCGGUGAAAAAUUUAGACAUAAAAUCGUUACCAAGAAAAGAGAGCUCCACGACAAGCACGUUGGAAAAUUCUAUGAAGACUUCGCAAAUUGCAACACCGUCUACGUCGCAAAAUACCGCUGCAAAACUAGAAGUUGCUAAACCAGCUGAAUCUGUCAACGAUAACAGCGAGAGAAGAGAUUCGCUCAACCGGCCGCAGUCGCUCAUGUCCAAAAUCUUUGGCCAUAAGAAAGAAGAGGAAGUGGAUGGAAAACUACCAAAUAUUAAAAAUCUCAACUUGAACGCACCGUUGACUAGUGUUGAAGACUUUGUUCCAGAUGAUGGAAUGCUCGACAGGUCAUUUUUGGAAGAUAGCAGCCAAGUUUCACCACAAAAAGUGCAACAAGAGGAAGUAGAUUCUGAAAGUGAUACAGAGACUGCAAAUCCUCUCGUAGCUGGUUACGAGGAUGAUUUAUCGUCUAUCGAAGAAGUAGUUCCUCCUGUGCAGCCAAAACUAGCGGAAAAUCCACUGUCGAAACAAAAGCACAAAUUAGAAUCAAUAUCAGGGCCAGAGAUAAACAUCGAAAAGCCAAGGCAAGCUACAAAACGCGAUUCCGUUUCCUCCAUAGAGCAAGAACUGCAUAUUUCCAACGAAUACGAAUCGAACGAGCAGCCAGACAUAAAUUCAGAUUCUAUUGAUAAUUGGUUGCGACGAGAUUCCAAGUGGCGACAGAGCCCCGAAGGAGGUGAAGACGUGAGCAGCACCAGUACGAGAAAGGACAGGCUGGAAUUGAGUGAUAAGAGUUUGGACGUUAGCAUGACAAGCUCCAAUGUUCAUCUGGAGCUACUUGAUAAUACCAGCAUUCGUCAAGUGAGCUCUAACACUAGUAGUCCGGUGAUGAAGGAGAGAAAGAAGCACAAAGAAAAGGGAGAUGAGAAGGAAAAAAGAAAAAAGAAGAAGUCGAAAGACAAGGAUAAGGAUAAGGAAAAAACGGAGAAGUCUGAGAAGAAAAAGAAACGUUCAUCGCAUCGAUCCAAGGAUGAGAAUAGAGAGCGAGACGAGCUCGAGGAGUUUUUAAACGGUUCAGCCACGAGAAUCGGCGUGGAUGUGGCCUAUGAGGCGAUUUAGCAUUCCGGGAGAAUUGCUGACAUUUUUUAAAAACUAUAUAUCUUCCAAAAAAGAUUUUACUCGCGUAAAAAAACUCCUGAAACUAUCGAUAUAUGUUACGUCCUCGAGCGCAAAGGAACAAGAUUAUUGCUCGCAAAAAAGAAAUAAUGCAUUUUAUAUUGCAUUAUUAAUCUAUAAAAAUGUUCUCAUUUCCUGCAAAUCUGACCGGCUGUACGCUUUUGAAUCGCUUUGGCCUGUAGUCGGGCUCGAUUUCAGUCCACCGCGAUAGAUUGUGAUUUUAUGGGAGAUACGUUUUAACAAUCCAACUGCACUCAUUUAUAUUGCAUUUCUGAUCUUGGAUUUUUGACAACUUUUAAUGAGAAUUUAAAAAAUUACAAAUCAUAGAGAGUUUGUUGUGUGAAUGAGUAUAAUAUGUGAGUAUGAUAUAAUAACGUGAUGUUAACAAUUAUGUCGCAACAACAUACUUAUUUAUUGUAUUUCAACUUUAAUUAUUUGUUUACUUGUAUUUUAAGAUUUAUAUAUAUGUAUUUACCGUUGAUACAUCAUUCAUAAAUUUUCAUCUUUAGCUUGGUAUGCGCUCUCCUUGUUGAACAUUCAAUUCUUUUAACAAAGUUAUCUGAUGUAGGAAAAUGUUACGUUAUUGUUGUAUUUUUCAUAACAUUGUAUAGCAUUGUGCAGUCAUUAUAGCUUCAUGUUAAUAAAUGUAUAUAUAAA